ACAACAAAAAUAAAUAUCAUAAAAAAGAAGAAAAUUCAAAAGAACAGUGUUUUAGUGCAAAUUAACAGCAAACGUGUGAAUUUUAUCCUAUUCCGGCAACUUUUGUCUCUUGCAAAAACAUCAACGUAUCCUCAAACGACACAAACUCUCGAAAAUUCCUUCACAUAGUUGCCCAAAAUUUUCCUCAGAUAACUCCUUUUGUGUUGUGUGUGUCGGUAGCAAUUAUUUUUUUUUAUCGCAUUGAUAAGACAUUAUUGCAUCGAGACAUUGUUGAAGAAAAUUUGCCAAAAAAGAACGCAGUGUCAGCGAAAAAAAGCUAAAUUCAGUGAAUUGAAUCGAACGUGCAGCAAAAAACGUGUAAAUUAUAUUUGAUAAAAGGUCACACACACAUAACGCCACAAGUUUCAAUUUUUUCAUGUGUCGUCGUCAAUAUAUUGUCUAUUGUCUGGAAAGUUAAAAAAAAAUCUGUAGUACAACGUUCAUUAAAAAAUUUUAAAAUUAUUGCUGUGACAUCAUUUUUUAAAUAAAUAAAAAUACAAAAUUUUGCAACAUAUUUCUUAAGACUGAAUUCAUCAUCAAACCGAAAAUCAGUGAGUCACAAAUGGCCUACCUCUAAUGGACAAUUUGUUUGUUCAAUCAGUCAGUCAUUCGCAUUGAUAAGACAUCCGUCGUUUAAAGCGUUAUCUACGUAGAUUUUUGUUUGUUAAAGACAGUCAUCGUGUUUACUACAAAAAAAAAGUUUUUUAUUUUGUAUAAAAUGUGUUCCGCUGACACUAACGCUAAACAGUUCAACCAAAUUAAGCGACAAGCGUAAAAGUUUCUGAUAAAAUCGAAAAAUGGGAAAAAUUUGCGAAGGAUUUCUCGCGCAUCAUCCAACGGAUUUCUUCAUCAACGGUUUCGGGUGUCACCAAACACAACAACAACCACCAACAAAACAACGAAUUAGUUUGGCAGUGACGACGGAACAAUCUUCCGUGCCAACGCGCUUAAUUAACUUGGAUGAGAACGAAGUGGCUUAUCGUGCCGAGGGGAAUGCAAAUAUUGUGUUGUCGCUGCCACGAAUGCAAAAAGUACUCAGGAUUAGAAAAAGUCUUAUCAACGUGCCAGAAUACGAUAAUGACGACUCCUCCAUCGACCACUCCGCUUCAUACGAAGAACUAAUACACUCAAUUGAAUACACCAAAUACAUGUCCUCACUCAUCGGCUACUCUUUCACAUGUCAACCGAAAUUCAUCUACCUAAAGGUGACCGAUUUGAAUUUACUGAACGAAGAUAUACUUGAAUUUCGACCAGUGGAUCGCCUUGCCAAAGAGGUCAGAACGCGCAUUGCAACUUUGUACCCCGACGUCGCUUUCUUGCAAGACAAUCUAAAUCCACACAAAAGAUUGCAGAAGAAAGAUCCCUUUUACGACACAUAUUGUGUCGAAAUCAAGCCAAAACAAGGAUGGACCUUUUACGAUGAGGAUCCCGAUGACGAUCUUCAGUCAAAUCCCGAGUUACUUUUCGAAUCAGAUGACGUCAAAAAAUGUCGUUACUGCAGUUUUCAGUAUUUAAAGUUAAAAAAGUCAGCAAUAAAGAAAGUUAGUAAAUAUUGCCCAUCGGAUUUGUUUUCUGGUCAAACAAUUCGUAUGUUACGAGCGAUCAAAGGUCUAAUUGGAUCCCCGCAGAACAAUUUAAGGAUUUUUCGGAAUGGGCAACUAGUUUACGGAGACAAUAUUGAAAAAAGAAACCUCAAUACUGCACUUGAGGAAUUAUUUUUUAAUUAUAAAACGAAUGAUGAGCGAAAAACAGUAUUCAUGAAUUUGAUCAAAGAGGUGCUGCUCAAGGAUUUUACGAGCGAUUGUGAUGUUAGGAGUAAUAAGGAGGCGAUUAAACUACGAAAAGAUCGUAAAAAGACGAAAAAUACGAUCCACAGACGGAAUUGUGAGCCAAUUAAAUACAAAUAUUUACCUGAAAAUUGUGCACUUAGGAAGAUUUUGGAUGUGCAGUUACUUGCAAAGAGAAGCAUCACAAAACUCGAUUCCAAGGACUUUCUGGAUGUUCCGCACGAUCGUUACUCUUACCUCCAAACACUCCUCGAGAAAUCGCGACGAAAUUGCUUGAUGGACAAUCGUGCGAGAUGCUGCAAUCAUCAAUACAUUAAAGACUGCGUGCAACACCUAAGUGACUUUGAGCAAUACAUGUUGGGAGCUACGGCACUCGAUACGAGUCUCAUGAUCACUUUUUGCCGGAUUUCACAUGAAGAUAUUUUCAGAAUGAAUCCCGUGGCACGAAACCACAUAAUUCAACUGAACGGCAUGAUGUUCGUCACAAAAGUAACAAUAAUGGAUCUGGAUCCCAAAUCAACGAGUCACUAUGAGAAAUAUAUCAAACAGAUAAAUGACUCGCACGUUGCAUACAAAGAUUUUCUCAAACGGUUCUAAAUUUUUCUACAAAAAAAAAAUAUUUUAUUCCCUUUUUUUCUGUUAAUUUAAAAAAAAGUAAAAAAUAAUUCUUUUUAUUAAAAAAAAAUAAUUAAUUAUUAAAAUUUUAAAAUAAAUCAUCGUUAGUAGAUUUCAAAAGUUUAUUAAAAAUUUUACAUUACUCAGUAAAAUUAACGAAUUAAGAUAAAAAAAAAAUAUAAAAUUAAGGAGAUGCAAAAAAAAUAUUAAACUUUUUUCUAGAUUUGUAAGAAUGUAUUUUACCACUUUUGUCUAUUUUUAUACAAAUUAAUGAAUAAAUAAAUGUAACGAUAAA